GAUAACGUACAGUAUAAUCAUUUAGUAAUUUGGCACACUCAGAUACAUGUUGUGUCAUAGUAAGCCUUGUAGUGAAUUAAGGAUAAAUGUUUACAUUAAGUACACCAGAUACAGUGUAGGGUUACAGCAAAUGGGCCAGGUUCAUGACAAAAUGGCUAAUGGCCAAAAGUCUGAAAUCCAUCCAUGCACAGAUACGUUAUCGUACUUGUUUUUGUGUGGUUGACAAUUGGCAUUGAGUUAAAGAUUGGCAAUAGUUCAACCAUUACUUCCAUGGUUAAACAAUGAUGUCACAAGGAAGGAAGUUUUUACACAGUGUCUGCUGGUGCCAUUUCCUCUUCCGAGAAAAACUAGUUUAUACAGGGGAGUGAACAAAGGACUGACCUUUGUCCUGUCCACACACCUCAGGUAAUUGAACCUAACAUCUGACGCUGUUGCGUGGGCUCCAGUACUGUGUACUAUUGAUCAUGAGAGUCAUGUUUAUUGACAGCCAAAGUUAGGUGAUACUGGCGUAAAAUGUACAAAAUGUACAUGUUUUUACAAGACUAGAGCCUCGGCUUGAAACCUGGUACAGUACUUGGAGUUGGGCCCUAUCAACAAAACUGAUUGACAGCAAAUGAUGACAGGUGAAAAAGUAAGCACUACCAGAAAUGGAGCAGCCGUGCCUGCGACUGCAACCCCUGCUGUAAAUGGCUCCACACAAAACUACAGGAGCACAGCAAAUCUAAUCGAGGCACCCUCAUCCAAAGACACAGGCUCAAAGUAUAGUGAGACGUUGAAAAUCCUUCUGCCUUGGAGGCCUACUAAAAAGGGGAGCAAGUUUCCCUUGGAUGACUCUGGUUUGUUUGCCAACAUCUAUGUAAGAUGGAUGGACCCUCUGGUAUGGAAGGCCACCAAGGGGAAAAUCAAACCGUCUGACUUGUUUGAGCCAUCUCCAAAUGACAGCGCUCAAGCUCCAAGCAAAAGAUUACGUGAUCUUUGGGAAGAAGAGGUGAAGAGAAAGGGUGUUGCAAAUGCAUCGUACUACAAAGUUGUGCUUCGGUCAAUCCGUACCAGAUGGAUAGCUUCAUCACUGAUUCUGCUGCUGUCUCUCAUGUGCUCCUUUACGUCUGCGGCAGUGAUUGUAAGGCAGCUGUUACAAUACACUGAAACAUCCAGUCCUGACUUUCGGAUUGGCAUUGCUCUUGUUCUUGGGAUGCUCUUCACUGAGCUGAUGAGGGUGUGUACAAUCAACCUGGUCUACAUUUUAAACUACCGCACUGGCAUCAGGCUGAUGGGAGGAACACUCACUCUGGUCUUUGAGAAGAUCUUACACCUGCGCAGUUUAAAGGACAAAUCUGUGGGAGAGCUGGUGAACCUACUGUCAAAUGAUGGUAUGCGGCUUUUUGAGUUGACAACGUUUGGGAUAUUUGUGGUGAACACACCAAUAUUAUUCAUCCCUGGGACUGUGUACACCUGCUUCAUCCUGGGUCCAUGGGCGCUGGUUGGCGUUGCUACAUUUAUCCUUUUCCUGCCUGUACAGUCGCUGCUCGGGAAAAUUGUGGCCAAGGUUCGUCGCAAGUGCAUUGUCAUCACCGAUGAGCGUGUACGUAUGAUGAGCGAACUGCUGACCAGCAUCAAACUCAUCAAGAUGUACGCUUGGGAGAAGCCUUUUACAAAGAAGAUUAGUGAUGUGCGGAAUAAAGAGAGGAAAAAGCUGGAGACUGCAGGCUUUGUUCAGGCUAUGAGUAUUGCCUUCAAUCCAGCAGUCCCAGUCAUUGCUGCUGUGCUGUCCUUUGUUGGCCAUACCAUGUCUGGGAACAACCUGACACCUGCACAGGCCUUUGCUGUUGUUUCAGUGUUCAAUGCCCUGCGGUAUGGACUGGCUCUCCUGCCCAACUCUGUACGUGCAUGGGGAGAAAGUGGGGUAGCGGCUAAAAGGAUUAAGAGUCUUCUCAUCAUGGAAGAAUUGCAGCCAUACAGAGAGAAGCCUGCAGAUCACAACAAUUCAGUGGAGAUCACAGCAGCUACGUUUGGCUGGGAUGUCCUGGACAUCAAAGGGGAGAAGAAACGAAAGGCUGAGGGGACUGAGAAGAAGGGGAAGGGCGGUCCACGUGUGCGGGGGAGGGGGGGACGCCCAGCAGGAAAACGGGCACAGAAGAACAAGGAGGGAGAGAAGGAGGGAGAGGAGGAGGAAAAGAAGAGAGUCCCUAUAUUAUUUGAUAUAGAACUCACCAUUCCCAAGGGUUCCUUAGUAGGUGUGUGCGGUAGUGUUGGUUCUGGGAAAAGUUCCUUGAUUUCUGCAAUUCUAUCACAGAUGCGGGUCAUGGCAGGAGGUGUGGCUGUAGAUGGCAGUUUUGCCUACGUAGCACAACAGGCUUGGAUCCUAAACAAGUCAGUCCAGGACAACAUCCUGUUUGGGCAGCCCUUUAACCAGGCGAGAUAUGACAGGGUUGUUCAUGCUUGUAGUCUCCAAGCAGACUUCAAACAACUUCCAGAUGGUGACCAAACUGAGAUUGGUGAGCGUGGUGUGAACAUCAGUGGAGGACAGAAGCAGCGUAUCAGCCUGGCCCGAGCCCUGUACGCUGACAGGGAUAUCUACCUGCUGGACGACCCUCUGAGUGCCGUGGAUGCACAUGUGGGAAAACACAUCUUCCAACAUUACAUCCAGACAGCACUCAAGGACAAGACAGUGCUGUUUGUGACACACCAAUUGCAGUAUCUCAAGGACUGCAACGAAAUUCUUGUUUUGAACCAUGGACGUAUCACUGAGAAGGGGGUGCAUAGUGAGCUGAUGAGUGCUGGACAAGAGUAUGCCAGCCUCAUCCAUAGCUUCCAUGAGGAUGGAGAAGAAGAGGAAGAAAGUGGAACGGUCGUCAAUCAAGAGGAUGUUGAAGUAAUGACAGAAAGUCCCUUGCAGAGAGAUGAGUCGGUGCAAGGGUCACUCAAGAGGAAAGACUCCAAACGUGCUUCUAAGAGGUCUCUGAGACGAGAAGAAUCCACACGUGGUUCCACGAGACUGAGGCGUUCCUACAGCAUUCGCUCCACACAUAGUGCGACCAGUGAGACAGCUGGACAUAUUGAGGAGCCUCCUGAGAUAGAAGAUCUGGAUGUGGAUCCACAGGAUGGGAAGAACCAGGAUUCAGACACACCAAAGAAAGAAGGAGAUGGUCCUAAAGCACUUGUGACUGAAGAAGAGAAAUUCAGGGGUUCUGUGACCUUAAGGACCUACUGGUCAUAUAUGAAGGCAGGUGGAGGUUUGAUUGUUUGUUCCUUCACUCUGUUGCUGUUUAUCCUGAACACUGGGUCCAUGGUCUUCAGCAACUGGUGGCUGACAUUGUGGCUUAAUCAAGGAAGUGGUGUGCCAUACAAUGAAUCUGAUCCCAGCACCCUUAACAUUACUGAGAACCCCAAGCUUAACUUCUACAUUCUCAUCUAUGGCAUGUGUCUCGUAGCUGUCCUUGUGUUGGCAUUCAUCAAGGGAUUCUGCUAUGUGAAGGUCACUCUUGGUGCCUCAUCAAGAUUGCACAAGUCUGUGUUUGCAUCGAUCCUCCGUUGUCCAAUGAAGUUCUUUGAUGUUACCCCAACCGGGAGGAUACUUAAUCGCUUCUCAAGAGACCUUGAUGAAGUUGAUGUCCGCCUGCCUCUCAACAUGCAGGUGUACCUGGAAACUCUCUUCAUUGUUGUUGCCUCCAUUCUGAACAUAUGUGUGGUGUUCCCCUGGUUUGUCUUGGCACUGGUGCCUCUAGGCAUCUUGUUUUUCCUGGCCAACUACUUCUUCAGACAUGUUAUCAGGGAGCUGAAAAGGUUUGACAACAUCAUGAGGUCUCCAUGGUUCUCCCACGUGACUGCCUCUAUCCAGGGUCUACACACCAUCCAUGCCUACCAGCAGGAGAAGGAGUUUCUGGACACCUUUGUCACACUCCUGGACAAGAAUAAUGCUGCUAUGUUGAUGUACAACAUGGGCACGAGGUGGCUGGCUGUCCGCCUGGACUCCAUGGCUCUUGUCAUCAACACAAUGGCUGCCGUCAUGGUAGUUGUGUUCCAUGGACAAAUCCCUGCAUCCUUAGCAGGACUGGCCUUGUCAUAUGCCAUUCAGACAUCUGGGCUCCUACAGCUGAUGGUGCGGACUGCUACUGAAACAGAAGCAAGGUUCACAUCAGUUGAGAGAAUAACUCAUUAUAGCAAUAAUCUUGAGGAGGAAGCACCAGAAAGGAUAAAAGGUGCAGAUCCUGCAGAAGGAUGGCCAAGGGAAGGCCAGGUGCAGUUUGAUCACUACAAGAUGCAGUACAGGGACAACCUGCCCUUGGUGCUGAAAGGAAUCCACUGUGAUAUCCAUUCCAACGAGUCCAUCGGGAUUGUUGGCAGGACAGGAUCAGGGAAGUCAUCCCUUGGUGUAGCCCUGUUUCGUUUAGUUGAACCAGCCGAUGGAGUCAUUUCCAUUGACGGGGUGGACAUCAGCAAGAUUGGACUUCAGUCCCUCCGCAGUAAACUGUCCAUCAUUCCUCAGGACCCCGUUCUAUUUGUUGGCACAGUUAGGUAUAACUUGGACCCUUUCAAUCAGUACUCAGAUAACCAGUUGUGGCAGGCUCUGGAAAGGUCCUACAUGAAAGACAGGAUCUCAGCUCUUGAGAAACAACUUGAAGCUCCAGUGAUUGAGAACGGUGAAAACUUCUCUGUGGGAGAAAGACAGCUCAUCUGCAUGGCUCGAGCCCUGCUGAGGAACAGUAAGAUUAUAUUGCUGGAUGAAGCUACUGCUGCCAUUGACUCAGAGACGGACAGUCUUAUCCAGAAAACCAUCCACGAAGCCUUCACAGACUGUACCAUGAUGACCAUAGCACAUCGCCUGAACACAGUCCUCAACUGUGAUCGGAUCAUGGUCAUGGAUGAUGGACUGUUGGUGGAGUUUGACACCCCAGCUGCAUUAAUGUCCAAGCCAGACUCCCACUUCAGGGCCAUGCUGACAGCCUCUGGUACUGAUGUCAGUAAAUAUCUGACAGGGAGCGCCCCAGCAUCUGCCUCUCAGGAGGGAGAGGAGGAAGAAGAAUAUGAUACUAAACUGUAGACAGUUUCACGUAGAUAAAACUUUAAUGCAGUCAAAGCCAUGCGGUCAAAGCCAUUCUGUGAAUGGAUUUUAUUGCCUUCAAGCAAGAUUUACAUUUCAGCAUCAAUUAGAUUAUAAUG